UCGUGACGAAAUCACAUGACAAAACACGGAAGUGCUUACAGUAGUUCUUGACGAGGCACAUGAUAGUCAACUAAAGAUGUUUUGAGGAUUUGCCCUUUUAGAGGAAGUGCAUUAGAGUAAUUCAUUAUGAUAAAAAUAGGUCUCAUCAUUUGCUUGCUCCCUCUUAGCCGAGCCUCUCUUCCAUUGGUUAUCAAUACUUGGCGUUUUGAAGAUGCAACAAGCGCGGCCUGGAGCACGCUGCAAAAAGGCGGCUCGGUUGUUGAUGCGGUGGAGAGGGGCUGCGGGCUGUGUGAACUGGAGCAGUGUGACGGAAGCGUGGGUUUUGGCGACCACCCGGACGAGCAGGGAGAGACCACCUUGGAUGCUAUGAUCAUGAAUGGAGAUACAAUGGAAGUGGGUGCAGUGGGAGACCUGCGCAGGGUUAAAAAUGCUGUGGGUGUGGCUCGAGCAGUAAUGGAAAACACAGAUCACACCUUCUUAGUGGGAGAAUCAGCCUCAAUCUUUGCUGAAAACAUGGGCUUUAAAUCUGAAGACUUGUCCACUAACAAAUCAAUAACAAUUUUCUCCCAAUGGUUGCAGAACAAUUGUCAACCCAACUAUAGAAAGAAUGUUUUUCCAGACCCCUCCAAAUUUUGUGGGCCAUACAAGCCCAAAGCCAUGCUAUGGAGGCCAAAACAUAAGAAAAGAAACAUUGACCCCAGGGCUCAUGAUACAAUUGGAAUGAUUGUGAUUGAUAAGAAUGGAAAGGUGGCUGCUGCAACAUCAACUAAUGGAGCAAAUCAUAAGAUACCUGGCCGUGUAGGUGAUUCACCAGUGGCUGGAGCUGGAGCAUAUGCAGAUAGCACAGUGGGGGGAGCUGCUGCCACUGGCGAUGGAGACGUCAUGAUGCGUUUUCUUCCAAGUUUUUUAGCUGUUGAAUUAAUGAGAUCUGGAGCUGAACCAUCCAUUGCUUGCAAGACAGCCAUCUCUAGAAUCAAGAAAUACUACCCCACAUUUUUUGGAGCUGUUAUUUGUGCCAAUACUACUGGUGGAUACGGUGCUGCUUGCAACAAGAUUCCUGAGCUCAGUCAGUUCUCCUUCAUGGUGUUUGACUCGCAGACAAAUCAACCUCGGCUGGAGAAAGUGGACUGCUUUUAAUCACACGCAUCUUGGUUUUUAAUAUCUUUCAGUUCUGUCUAAUAAUUGUUAUUUAUUGGUAUGUGCCUUACGAUCAAGGUUCCCUUUGCAAUAUUUUUAUAAAUGAAAUAUUUUAGUAAACCGCUGUUAGAUCAAGAGAA